UUACGUAAAUAAGGUCUCUCUCUCUCUCUUCCUAUCAUUCAAGUUCCAUACCUAAGAUAACUAUACAUACUUGAGAGUGCAAUAUUCCGUAGAUUCGCUCAUCUCUCAAUUGGUUUGUCUUGAAUAUGGCGCCAACGGAAGCCACAAUUCUACACAACUAUCUCCUCCUACCUUCUCGCUUACCAAGCAUCAUAUCCCUUCAAGAGUUCAUUGCGUUAUUCCCAAAGUCGCAACAAUCUUCACCGCAGGUUCGCGCGUUAUAUCGAGACCUUCAGCAACAACGAAAUGCAGUGGUCGACACCGUUUCGGCCAAUAUUGACGCUGAAGUCAAACAGGCCAAGGCGCUCCGCCGUACAAUAAUCAGAACGAAGAGAGAAAGCGAAGUUGAGGAGCAAGAUGACGAAAUCGAGAUCGAAAGGGCAUUGUUCGGCUCUACCUCGACCACGAUUGCCCCCAAGCAACACUCUCUCCAAAGCAUAAUACCUGAACUUGACAGUGCCAUAGAUGACAUUGAAAGUGACCUGCGAAAGUUAGAAGAUGAGGAAUCAACCCUUCUCGAAUCUAUCCGACAAAGUGCAGGGAACAUGAGCGACCUGCGAUACGGCCGACUGUCCAACACCAACCUGGCCGCCGAGGUCAUAGACGGACUCCACAGUAUACAAGAGACAUGUAAACAGAAGACAUGACCCAGGAUUGGAACAUGAAGAGUUCAUUACAACUAUUAGGAUUGAUUUACGCAACUAUUGUCCGAUUGUUCCGAUGCGCCGCCUUCCCCACUUCCCAUUCGAUUGUUGCUAUUGAAUUUGGGUACGCCCACCCGAGUACCAGAUUGCUUCACGCU